UCCCUUCCUUAAUGGUCAGCGUCAACAAAGAACAAGUGCAGUGAAAAUUUGCUUUGCAGUUGACCUUAGUGAUACAUUCAUGGUUAUGGUUGAUGGUAAGAAGAGGUCUUAACCAGAGAGAUCUAUGUGCAAUGCAUAGCAUGCUAUCAACCGUUUGCUUUUCUUAUGCAUUCUUAUUAUGCUCCUCCCUAUUAUGUUGCUUUGCUAGAGAUACCAUCACAUAUGCUGGUAAUUUGAUUAGUCAUGAUGGUGGAGAAACUCUUGUUUCAGCAGGAAAAAGGUUUGAACUUGGGUUCUUUGCCCCCGAACAAAGUUCUGUUUACGGAAGCUAUGUAGGAAUUUGGUAUUACAGGUCGCAUCCACGAAUAGUUGUGUGGGUUGCCAAUCGAAACAGCCCACUUCUUGAUGGUGGAGCAGUUUUGGCUGUCACAGAUGAUGGAAACCUCAAGAUUUUGGAUAAAAAUGCAGAUCCUUUUUGGUCUACAGCGCUUCAAUCAACAUCAAAACCAGGGUAUCGGUUGGCUAAGCUCUUAGAUUCUGGGAACUUGGUUUUUGGUGAUAGUAAUACCCUUUCGACAACUAUUCUAUGGCAAAGCUUUGAACAUCCAACUGAUACAUUUCUUUCAGGUAUGAAGAUGAGUGGGAAUCUAAAAUUGACUUCAUGGAAAAGUCAAGUUGAUCCAAAAGAAGGUAACUUCACAUUUCAGCUAGAUGGAGAAAAGAACCAGUUUGUUAUCGUCAAUGACUAUGUAAAGCAUUGGACUAGUGGGGAGUCAAGUGAUUUCUUUAGCUCAGAAAGAAUGCCUGAUGGAAUAGUAUAUUUUCUAUCGAACUUCACCAGAUCUGUUCCAAAUUCAAAAGGCAGAAGAACAACUCGAUCACCCUCGGAUUAUAAUAAUACAAGGAUUAGGUUGGAUGUUAAAGGGGAGCUACAAUACUGGAACUUCGAUGUGUAUACAAAUUGGUCUUUGCAAUGGUUUGAGCCGAGAGACAAAUGCAAUGUGUUUAAUGCCUGUGGGAACUUUGGCAGCUGCAAUCUGUACAACAUGUUGGCUUGCAGGUGUUUGCCAGGAUUUGAGCCUAUAUCACAGGAAAAUUGGAGGAAUGGAGAUUUCUCUGGUGGUUGCAUCAGAAGCGCUGCCGGAUGUGGGAAGAAUGACACCUUCUUGAGCUUGAAGAUGAUGAGAGUUGGGCAACCAGACACUUCAUUUGUGGUUGAGGAUGAAAAGCAAUGCAGAGAGGAGUGUCUCAAUAAGUGCCAAUGCCGAGCUCAUUCCUUUGUGAAGGGGGAAGUCAAUAUGCGAAGGGACAGACCGCCUAGCGACAACAGUUGCUUGAUCUGGAUGGAUGAUCUUAAAGAUCUUCAGGAGGAAUAUUCUUAUGGUGGGCCCGAUCUCUUUGUUCGUGUCACCAUUGCUGACAUAGAAUCAAAGGCUAAAAGUUGUGAGCCUUGUGGCAUAAAUGUGAUUCCUUAUCCUCUAAGUACUGGAUCAGAUUGUGGUGACCCCAUGUACUUCAGUUUCUACUGCGAUAAUUCCACAGGAAAACUCAGCUUUAAGACACACAACGGCACCUAUAAUGUCACUACCAUCAAUCAAGAUAGAAGAACAUUUGCUAUCCAAGAGAAAGAUGUAGCUGAUUGUAAUGCCAGUACAAGAGGUCAAAUUGGGAAGUUCAACACGUCAUCUCCAUUUAAGAUGAACGCCUCUAAACGCUGGUGUGACUCCAAUGUUUCAUCUCAAGGUCUGGUAGAAAUAGAUAUUGGUUGGGAGCCACCUCCAGAGCCAGUCUGCUCUUCAUCUUCGGACUGCGACGAUUGGCCAAAUUCAACUUGCAAUGUAACAGGAAAUCGUACAGCGAGAUGCCUCUGCAAUUCAAAUUUUUGGUGGGAUGGCAUGGCUCUAAAUUGCGUUCAAGUUGUCGAUGGACAAGCAGGAGGAUAUUCGAGAAAAAAGAAACCAUUGUCUUUGAUUGUAGGAGUUACAAUUGCUAGUGUCAUAGUUCUAUCAAGCAUCUUCCUUUACACCUGCAUUUUUAUGAGAAAGAAGGCCAAACGACGAGAAAGCCAGCAAAAUACUGAAAGAAAUGCAGCUCUUUUGUAUGGCACUGAGAAACGGGUCAAGAACUUGAUAGAUGCAGAAGAGUUCAACGAAGAAGAUAAGAAGGGCAUAGAUGUACCUUUAUUUGAUUUAGACAGCAUACUAGCGGCUACGGAUUAUUUUUCAGAAGCAAACAAGCUUGGAAGAGGGGGCUUCGGACCUGUUUACAAAGGAAAAUUUCCAGGAGGUCAAGAAAUCGCAAUAAAACGACUCUCUAGUGUUUCAGGACAAGGCCUAGAGGAGUUUAAGAAUGAGGUGAUCUUGAUUGCUAGAUUGCAGCAUCGGAAUCUUGUCAGACUAGUAGGCUAUUGCAUAAAAGGAGAUGAAAAGAUUUUACUCUAUGAAUACAUGCCUAACAAAAGCUUAGAUUCCUUCAUAUUUGAUCGAGAUCUCGGAAAGUUACUGAAUUGGGAGAUGCGCUUUGAUAUCAUUUUAGGAGUUGCUAGAGGUCUUCUUUAUCUCCACCAAGAUUCUAGACUCAGGAUUAUUCAUCGUGAUUUGAAAACGAGCAACAUUUUAUUAGAUGCGGAAAUGAAUCCCAAAAUUUCUGACUUUGGAUUGGCAAGGAUGUUCGAAGGCAAACAAACCGAAGGGAGCACAAACAGAGUUGUUGGAACUUAUGGCUACAUGUCGCCAGAGUACGCAUUAGAUGGCUUAUUCUCUGUCAAAUCUGAUGUUUUUAGUUUCGGCGUAGUUGUACUUGAGAUUCUUAGUGGGAAAAGGAACACGGGAUAUUUUAAUUCUGAUGAAGCCCAAAGCCUUCUAGCUUAUGCUUGGAGAUUAUGGAGAGAAGACAAGGCAUUGGAUUUAAUGGACGAGACAUUACGUGAAAGUUGCAACACCAAUGAGUUUCUGAGGUGUGUAAAUGCUGCACUCUUGUGCGUACAAGAUGAUCCAUCCGACCGUCCGACCAUGUCAAAUGUUGUUGUGAUGCUUAGCAGUGAAACUGCAAACUUGCCGGUUCCUAAGAACCCAGCCUUUUUUAUACGAAAAGGCCUUUCUGGCACAGCUUCUUGUUCAAGUAAACAAGGAACAGGCCUUUCUGGCACAGCUUCCUUUGCUAGAGAUACCAUCACAUAUCCUAGAGGUUCGAUUAGUAAUCGUGGUGAAGAAACUCUUGUUUCAGCAGGAAAAAGGUUUGAACUGGGGUUCUAUACUCCUGAACAAGGUUCUGUUUACGAAAGCUAUGUAGCAAUUUGGUAUCACAGGUCGAAUCCACCAAUAGUUGUGUGGGUUGCCAAUCGGAACAAGCCACUUCUUGAUGAUGGAGGCGUUUUGGCUGUCACAGGUGAUGGAAAUCUCAAGAUUUUUGAUAAAAAUGGACAUCCUGUUUGGUCUACAAGACUUGAAUCAACAUCAAAACCAGCGUAUCGGUUGGCUAAGCUCUUAGAUUCUGGGAACUUGGUUUUUGGUGACAGUAAUACCCUUUUGACAACUAGUCUAUGGCAAAGCUUUGAACAUCCAACUGAUACAUUUCUUUCAGGUAUGAAGAUGAGUGCGCAUCUAAAAUUGAUUUCAUGGAGAAGUCAUCUUGAUCCAAAAGAAGGUAACUUCACAUUUCAGCUAGAUGAAGAAAGGAACCAGUUUGUUAUCUCCGAUGGCAGUAUAAAGCACUGGACUAGUGGGGAGUCAAGUGAUUUUCUUAGCUCAGAAAGAAUGCCUGAUGGAAUAGUAUAUUUUCUAUCGAACUUCACCAGAAGUUUUAAAUCCAUUUCUGCUUCUAGUCUAACUUCAAAAUUCAAAGGACCAAAUCUAUCAACCUCAGAUUAUAAUAAUACAAGGAUUAGGUUGGACUUCGAAGGGGAGCUACAAUACUGGAGCUAUAAUACAAAUUGGUCUAAGCUAUGGUGGGAGCCGCGAGACAAAUGCAGUGUGUUUAAUGCCUGUGGAAACUUUGGCAGCUGCAAUCUAUACAAUAGUUUGGCUUGCAGAUGUUUGCCAGGAUAUGAGCCUAACUCACAGGAAAAUUGGACGAAAGGAGAUUUCUCGGGUGGUUGCAUCAGAAGCUCUGCCGUAUGUGGGAAACAUGACACCUUCUUGAGCUUGAAGAUGAUGAGAGUUGGGCAACAAGACACUAAAUUUGUGGUUAAGGAUGAAAAGCAAUGCAGAGAGGAGUGUUUCCGUACGUGCCGAUGCCAAGCUCAUUCCUUUGUGAAGGGGAGAGUCAACAGGGACAGACAACCUAGCAGCAACAGUUGCUUGAUCUGGAUGGAUCAUCUUAAAGAUCUUCAGGAGGACUAUUCUGAUGGUGGGCUAGAUCUGUUUGUUCGUGUCACCAUUGCUGACAUAGAACCGAAGUCUAAAAGCUGUGAGCCUUGUGGCAUAAAUGUGAUUCCUUAUCCUCUAAGCACCGGAUCACAUUGUGGUGACCCCAUGUACUUCAGUUUUAACUGCGAUAAUUCCACAGGAAAACUCAGCUUUAAGACACACAACGGCACCUAUAAUGUCACUACCAUCAAUCCAGAUAGAAGAACAUUUGUUAUCCAAGAGAAAGAUGUAGAUGAUUGCAAUGCCAGUACAAGAGGUCAAAUUCGGAAGUUCAACACGUCAUUUCCAUUUAAGAUGAACGCCUCUAAACGCUGGUGUGACUCCAAUAAUUCAUCUCAAGGUCUGGUAGAAAUAGAUAUUGGUUGGGAGCCACCUCCAGAGCCAGUCUGCUCUUCAUCUUCAGACUGCGACGAUUGGCCAAAUUCAACUUGCAAUGUAACAGGAAAUGGUACAGCGAGAUGCCUCUGCAAUUCAAAUUUUUGGUGGGAUGGCAUGGCUCUAAAUUGCGUUCAUGCAGGAGGAUCUUCGAGAAAAAAGAAACCAUUGUCUUUGAUUGUAGGAGUUACAAUUGCUUGUGUCAUAGUUCUAUCAAGCAUCUUCCUUUACAUCUGCAUUUUUAUGAGAAAGAAGUCCAAACGACGAGAAAGCCAGCAAAAUACUGAAAGAAAUGCAGCUCUUUUGUAUGGCACUGAGAAACGGGUCAAGAACUUGAUAGAUGCAGAAGAGUUCAACGAAGAAGAUAAGAAGGGCAUAGAUGUACCUUUCUUUGAUUUAGACAGCAUACUAGCGGCUACGGAUUAUUUUUCAGAAGCAAACAAGCUUGGAAGAGGGGGCUUCGGACCUGUUUACAAAGGAAAAUUUCCAGGAGGUCAAGAAAUUGCAAUAAAACGACUCUCUAGUGUUUCAGGACAAGGCCUAGAGGAGUUUAAGAAUGAGGUGAUUUUGAUUGCUAGAUUGCAGCAUCGGAAUCUUGUCAGACUAGUAGGCUAUUGCAUAAAAGGAGAAGAAAAGAUUUUACUCUAUGAAUAUAUGCCUAACAAAAGCUUAGAUUCCUUCAUAUUUGAUCGAGAUCUCGGAAUGUUACUGAAUUGGGAGAUGCGCUUUGAUAUCAUUUUAGGAGUUGCUAGAGGUCUUCUUUAUCUCCACCAAGAUUCUAGACUCAGGAUUAUUCAUCGUGAUAUGAAAACGAGCAACAUUUUAUUAGAUGCGGAAAUGAAUCCAAAAAUUUCUGACUUUGGAUUGGCAAGGAUGUUCGAAGGCAAACAAACCGAAGGGAGCACAAACAGAGUUGUUGGAACUUAUGGCUACAUGUCGCCAGAGUACGCAUUAGAUGGCCUAUUCUCUGUCAAAUCUGAUGUUUUUAGUUUCGGCGUCGUUGUACUUGAGAUUCUUAGUGGGAAAAGGAACACAGGAUAUUUUAAUUCUGAUGAAGCCCAAAGCCUUCUAGCUUAUGCUUGGAGAUUAUGGAGAGAGGACAAGGUAUUGGAUUUAAUGGACGAGACAUUACGUGAGAUUUGCAACACCAAUGAGUUUCUGAGGUGUGUAAAUGCUGCCCUCUUAUGCGUACAAGAUGAUCCAUCCGACCGUCCGACCAUGUCAAAUGUUGUUGUGAUGCUUAGCAGUGAAACUGCAAACUUGCCGGUUCCUAAGAACCCAGCCUUUUUUAUACGAAGAGGCCUUUCUGGCACAGCUUCUUGUUCAAGUAAACAAGGAACAGGCCUUUUUGGCACAGCUUCAUCUUCAAGUAAACAAGAAACAAGCAUCGACACAACGAUUGCUUCAGACGAAGGUAGAUAAUUUCCUAUCAAUUUGCAUAAAAUCUUGGAAAGUUUCUCAAUCUUCAAAUGGAAAGGUUUUUUUUUUCCUGGUGAAAUCUCAAGUUUUUCCAUGACAGAAUUCAUGUCUAAUUAGUCCUUCUGUUCUGAAAUUGUAAUCAAAACCCUCUCAGAACUUCAUUAUUGUAUCUGUGUAAUUCCCCGUAAACAAUUUUGCUUUCAAGUGUUCUGCGUUGUUAUUAUCAA